AUGCCUUCAUCGGUGGAUACGCGGUCUCUGUUUUUAGAGAUAUCUGGGGCAUUAACUGACACAAGUCUACUGCGGGACGUGGACGUGAUCGUCGGAGAAGAUGCACAAGCGGUUCACCAGCAGUUGCUGGCAGGAGAUGGAAACUUUUCUCUCUCCGCAGCAAACAAACUCGUGUUUCACCUGGAGGAUCAAGAUAUUGACAUCGAGGUGGAACUUUUACGCGGGGGUAAAGACCAGCCGAUGAAGCUACCAGAUAUCAAUACUGCAGCAAUACUCCAACGGAACCCUCGGGAGAUUGAAGGCUGCCGAGUGGACAGUCUAAUGCCCUUCUUGCAUCCUGGAAUUUUAACUCUAACAAAAUUAAAGCGCUGGAUGCAUAUUGCCGACUCUACUCGCCCAGCCAGCAUGUCAAGAGCUGCAGAUGAUAUGAGCGACAUGAAAACGAUUCUUGAAUGGCUUGUGAGUCAUAGCCUAAAAGUCAAUUUCGAGAUGUAUCCAGAGAAGAGCAAGGAGGAGCUUCUCCCGGGAAUGGCAAAGCUCCUAGAAAGAGGCGAUACGGAAAUCGCAGGUUUAUUGAAGGAGACUUUGUUCCCUGAAGACUUUGAAGCACUUUCUUGA